GUCAAUGUCAGCCGGGUUCAGAGAGUAACUUUGUCGGAGAGUUUUCUUUUUUGCAUUGAGCUGUAUUGUUUAUUCAAUUUGCAUUAACUAUUAUUAAGUUUUUGUGUUAAGCAACGACAAAACACUUUGAAAUCUCUAAAUGUCGCACAUAAAUCUCAUAAAUACAAUAAACAAAAGAAUGUAACAAAAAAGCGUCUCAAAAAGUGAUUAACAUUUAAUGAAGAGAGAGGAAAAAAGUAAAGGGGCGUACGAAAAAAAAUCAAUGAAAAAUACAUAAUUUUCCAUCUCAAAGUAUCUACUUGUGACAGGCAAACAAAUUUUAUAACGAAAAAAUCAUGUCACCAGCACCAACAAAAAAUCCUAAUAUUCCCAAUAAAGUGUCCAGUAAUACAGCAGUUCCUAAUAGCAAUAGUAGUUCUUUUCAUAAUCCCUCAACAAGUAGUGGGUCGGGAGGCUCAUCAUCAGGAGGGCGUAGUAAACAAACUGGAACCGUACCCAAGGCUACAACGACGGCAGCAGCAAAAAUAUCUUCAUCAACGACGAAUAAACAACAAAGUGUUAACCCAGAAGUAAACGAUCUUCAACAACAACAACAACAGCCACAUAAACCAAUUUUACAACAACCUGCAGUUGUGGCUCAACAGCAUUUAUCCAAUCGUUGCAGUCCCUUAAAUAUUGUGGCAUCCAUACAACAACAGCAGCAACAUGCCCGCAAUCAACAUCCAGCCGGGGGUCAUCAUCAUCAUCUUCAACAACAGUUGCAUAAAAAUACUGAAAUUGUUGCUCCAAUUCGUCGAGAGUUGAAGGACCUAAAUGAUUAUCUACUAACCACAGUGGUGACAACAUCUGCGGCAAACACCAUCACCAACAAUAAUUCAACAUUAUUGCAGCAGCAACAGAGCAGCGGAGGAGGAGCAGCAGCAGCAAGUAGUGAUAUCGAAAGUUCCCAAGAAAAUCAACAACGUUUUUGUUACCCCGUACGUCCGAUACCGCGAAGAAAUCAACCACCACAAGUCCAGAAUCAACAGCAGCAGCAAUUGCAAAACGAUUUCCUGAAUACAGCAGCGGCUAACGUUGGCAAUACAAAUUUAAAUACGACCAUUGGUGUUGUCAUACCACACACACCGGGUGUACCCCCAGCUCCUACACAAUCCAGCAAUAACGCUGCCUCAACUGUAGCAGCAGCAGCAGCGGCAGCACCUGCAAUACCCACUGUUCAGCCAAUACAACCAAGUUCCAAUAUUGCCCAAAAUAUCACACAAACAAUUAAUGACAAUCAGGCCGUGUUGGGUGCCCAAUUUGAACAGCAGAUUCAAUUGAUUGUCCUGCAACGUUUACGGCAACUGUUCGAAAACUCUCAGACAAGUCCAUUUUUGAAUUUAACCACCAGUUUGCUACCCGGCAUACAGGCUUCAUCCUCAGCAGCAUUGGCAAAUACCAUUCUCAAUCACAAUACCAACGAAAUUUCCCAGUUGGCUCAACGUUUCCAGAUUUUAAACAACAAUCAAAAACCCCUACUUGAUAAUUCUUUGGCCCAGGCGCAGCCACAAAAGUGUUUGAAAGCAAAAACCUCUGCCAUGGUGCAUGAAAUUAACCCAAGUCCAAGUGGACAACAUGAAGUGGUUGUAAAUUCCACAAGUUUGGAAGAUGUGCCCCAAAGCAAUAUGAGUGACAGGGCUCAGUCCAUACAGUCUUUGCACAGCAACAUAGAAACUCCCACUCCAGAUACCACACCUUCGUAUGAGGAGUUGCAGGCUCGCCUCGAGGCAUCCAAUCGCAACAUACAAAACAUGCAGGAACAACAACAACAACUGCUAAAACUACAAAAUGCUGCCAAGCAACAUUUAAGCGACAUGGAAAGGCUAAGGCAGCAAGCCGGGACAUUGAGCUUUGCCACCGGUGGCACAUCGGAUGGUGCCCCUGACUACGAAUCUGUUGGCCAGGUGCAAAGUGAUGUUGCCAACCUAGUGGGACGCAUGAAAAACCUCACGUCGUUUAUACAAAACCAAAAUGAUCUCUCCAGCAUGCUAGGCGAAGAUUGUCCCGAAAUUUUGGCCGAACAACAGGUCUUACAAAGAAAACUGGAAGCCUUAAGGGCCCAACGAGAUGAAAUGCGUAAUUUAGUUUCGGAAUUGCAAAGUGUUAAUCGUACCGCGGAGGAAAGUGCCAAGGAGGCCCGACAACGGCAAUUUGAGCAAGAAAAAGAUAUUGAAGAAAAUAAUGAUCACCAGGAACAAGCCUCGGCAGCUGCAGCCCCACUAACUCAAUCGAAAAAAGCCACUGAUGUUGAGCGCGAAGUACCAGUGGAAUUCACCAGAAAUGUACCCAUAGAGUUACUGCAACAUGCCCAACGUCCACGUCCCCAAAUGAAUGGUAAUGAGGCAUCCGAGGCGGAAGAAACCGACAUGGAUGAAGAUGAACGCAAAGAGACGGCACAUUUGAUACAACAAAAAGUUGCCGACAUUGAAGCCAUGAAGGCUCAACUCAAACGGCUCAAAGAUAUGAUGGAAACUGUCAGUCUGAUUGAGGCUCACACGGGCAAAGAUGAAAGUCGUACCCCCACCAGAGAAGUACCCAUAGUAUAUGAUCGUGAGCGUACUCCAAUUGCCAUGCCCUCUCGCUACAAUGACAGCAAUGGCAAUGAAGAAGUCCUGGCACGCAAGGUUCGCAUGCUCAAUGAAGUCACCUCGGAUUUAAGGGCACAAGCCCAAUCGCUGCAGGCCGAAAAGGAUCGUAUAAAUUUGCUCAAAGAAGAGAUAGAAAGGCGUAAACAACAAGCUGCGGCAGCUGUACAGUUGGGCGAUGACGCCUUAAAACGUAACAGCUUAACACCAACACCAGUACCCCAACAAUCGGCCGCGCGUACCCACGAGGAGCGUUGGGAGGAACAUUUGCGAACGCAACAUGAACGUGAUGCCCUCAAGGAAGAAUAUGAGCGAAAGAAGAAAGAAUUUGAAGUUAUCUGUAAACGUUUGGAACAAGAGGAGACGCCCUCACAACAGCAGGCUGGCAGCACUGGACGUCAGGAUAUUGUUUCGGAAGCUGACGAUGAAGCCGAAGAGGAUAACAUGGAAUCGGAUUAUGCAGAAAGUGCUAAAUUUGUUCCCACCUCAACACCAGCAACUUCGAGGAAUAAUGAAAGCAAUUCAAAUGCCAGGACAGGCAAGGAUUCUCUCAACUCAACUGGGGUCUCCUCGAAUGCCGGUACACACAUAGCCCAGGCAGCCAGUUCAUCGGCCCAUGAUGGAGCCUCCUUGGAGGGUGCCAGCAUGCAGUCGGGUAGUUCGCGGUCGUUUUCGAUACCACCACCAAUGUCGGCAAUGGGCAUAAAUUUUCCCGGCCCCAUACCACCACCAUUACCGACUGCAUGGAAUCCUUAUUACUAUGCUACAGGAGUACCGCCACCACCUCCUCCCCCACCACAAGCCAGCUAUGGUUUGGCCCAGAGUGCCGGCCAUAAUGUCACUCUGAGUAAUAGUGAAUGCAUUUGUACAGCCAAUAAUCUUGGCCAUGCCGCCACCACUUCAUCAUCGACAGCCACAAGUGCAGCUACCAAUAAUGGAACACUAGCCUCCGAUCCAAUGUUGCAACAAUUCAUACAAACCCAACAAAUGCUGAUUAACUCGGUGUGUCAGUGCAAUCAAAUGUUGUGGCAUCAACAGAGGGAAAUUGAUAAUCUCAAUCAAACCAUACAUAUAUUGCAGGAGCGCAUUAUAUCGUUGGGAGGGGGAGGAGGAGGCGCUGUAGGCAAUAACGAAGUGGGUGGAGGUUAUACAUUACGUUCGGAAUCGGUGCCACCACCUAGCCUGGGAGGUAUACCAGCUACCCAAGCUUUACCCAAUAAUUUGUACAUGACCAUAAAUCGUGCUCAAUCAGAACAACCGGCUAGCAUGUACAUCCCGACUGUGGGACAACAAAGAAAUAAUGGCUAUGGUAGCUAUCAGCAGCAGCAACAACAACAGCAUCAUCAACACCAUGUAUAUCGCAGAGUGUCACAACAACCCCAUCAUUCUGCCCCAGGGGCUGGUUACAAUUUUAGUGCUGAAACCCAGCAACAUAAUUCUUCGUCCUCGGCAUCGGCUAGCAUGUUUUCCACAUUGAAUAAUGCCACAGUGCCACCCCAGCCAGCAGCGACAACUUUAUUCAACAAUGAAAUACCCACACCUCCUUCACCGGUCGUAGGAUCGUCCGGCGGACCAGCACCGAUUUUUAUGCAUCACCAUAACAACUCUAUACACCAGAAUAAUGCCAAUUUACGUACCCAAAAUCAACAGCAACAACAUCAUCAUAGCAAUAUUGCUGGCAACAGUACUCUGAAUAAUCAGGUACCUCCAGGAAAUCGUGCCAAUAAUUAUUGGGAUAAUUUUAGAAGCUAUUCACGGCAAAAUCUGCUUUCAACUAAUUCCAAUAAGAGUAACGAAGAGCAACAGCAAAUGUUGCAGCAGCAACAACAACAGCAGCAGCAACAAGAAACCAAUAGCUAUGAUAGAUCACAAGCUAUGCAACAGCAACCCCAGCAGCAGCAGCAACAUCCCUCCCAGCAGGCACAAAUUUUCCACGAACAAAAUCUCAAUCUUGAGGAUUGUGUGAAUAACUUGAAUUUUUCCACCGUCAGUCCAAAUAAUGAGGCGGCCUCAAAGUAUUUACGUAUUUUACAAAGAUCACGCAUCAAUCAGCAACAACAGCAGUUGCAAUAUCAACAGAAUUCAUAUCAGCAGCAACAACAAAGGGAGCUGCAACAAUUGAAUUGGCUGGAACAGCAACAUCAUGAAAAUAACAAUAGCAGCAGUAAUACGGCCACAUCGGGUGGUACAAACGCCAACAAUGCCACGAAUAGCAAUGCUACGGAUCUAAUGUAUCACAAUUACAAUAUACAACAGAAUAACAAAAUUGGUCCCAAGCCCAAUUGGCGUUUUCGCAAUUUAAACGAGGACUACAAUGUGGCCAUAAAUCGUAUACAAGCCAGGCAAUCCUUGCCACGCUAUCAAAAUACCGGAUUUGCUGCAGGUCCACAGUAUUUAAAUCUACAUCAGUCCUCCUCACCACAGGCUAAUAGAAAUCAUGAUUUUCUUUUGCAUGUUCAGGAUGAGGAUGGGUUUAAUUUUUUGAAUAGCAACCAUCAUCAGCAGCAGCAGCAAAUGCCACUGGAUUAUUCGACCAGUAAUGCGCAGAAUAUAAUGCCUCCCGAGGCCUGUCACGAUGAUGACAACAAUGAAGAGGACGAAGAGGAAGACGAUACAACAUCCGAGGAGAUUAAACGAAACCUAUUGGUCAAUGCUCUGAAAAAUGAUAAAUUUACCACUAAAUUUUAUGAAUCCAUAAAGGAGGAUGUUUUUAGGCGUCUAGAAAGUAUGCUUUUGGAUAAGGAUAACGUUCAGGCACAAGCAACAGCAGCAGCUGGUCAUCCUAUGGCAGCACCUCAAUUAUUCAAUAACAUCAGCAGCAGCCAUCAUCCGUUAAGGAAACUCAAUCUCAAUGAACAAAGGGAUCAGCUGCAACAACAAUUGCAACAGCAACAACAAACCAUCUCUUCAUCUUCGGCAAAUUAUGAAAAUGCAAAUUUGCAACAACAAAAUGUUUCCGAUGAUUCCAAUGCCAAUGCGCGUAAUGAUUAUUUCCCAGCCAAUGGCAAUAAUGAGGACAACAAUCAGGAUAAUGAAAAUGAAAAACCCGAAGAAGAUACCAACUGGCGUCAGAAUAACAUAAAUAAUUCUCAAGCACAACCAGCAGCAGCAGUGCCAUCAGCACCAUCUACAGCAACCGGGGUCAAUACGAAUUCGGUGGCUAAAAACUGUUCCAAGAAACGGAAAAAUCUACGCAAGCAACCAAUAGGCAAUAACAAUACUGUUUCGGCACCCAUAGCCACAAAGGAAGAGGAACAAAAUGAAAAUUUAAGAGGAGCCUGUAGCUUGGCUGCCCAACAGCAUCACAAACAGCAGCAGCAACAAGUAAAUAAAGAUAAGCAAAAUGCCGUUGAAAAUGCCAACAGCAUGGGAAACAAUACCGCGACAACAACUGCUACGGCAAAUCCUCCCUCACAGACCACCAAUAAUGAGGGUGAUCUUAUAAAAUACAUUAUCUCCCGGAUACGCAAUCAAACUCAUCCCAACACCCUGAUCAAUGAUACGCUCUUGGUGGAGGUGGCCAAACUGACAGCUUCAGUUGCUCAAAAUGCUCACAAUACCACAUGCCAGAACAACAAUACCAAUGGCAAUAUCAUAUCACCGAAAAAAAUAUAUACAAAAAUCAAAAAGCUAACCAUACCCAAGGAAAGAGAUGAAUUUCUGCAAUGGUAUCAACAUUAUUUGGAAAACACUUUAUUUGGCACUCAGACCACCACCAAUGACAUAAAAGUCAAGGCGGUAAAUAGUGCAAAAACCACAAACAAUCAUUCCAUGGCCAUACAACAAAAUGGCACAACACCACACCAUUCCUCAGAAGUGGCUGCAAAUGCCACAACACAACAGGAUGAUGGUGAUCUGGCCGAGGCUGAUCAGAAUUGUUCUUCGAAUACCAGUGCUAAUUAUCAUAAAGAUGACGAUGAAGCGGAGGUGAGCAAUUGUGAGAUCCCAGGAAAAAUGUUGACAUCUAGCGAUGAAAAUAAUUUAGAAGGUGCUUGUGCUUUGGUUACAUCAUCUACUAACCCUAAUCAGCUGGAGGAUUUACAAGCUCAGGCAAUGGAUGUCAUUGAGAAAAAGGAUAUAAAACUUGAAAAACAAGAUUGCAAUGAAAAAGAUUAAACCCCUUAAAAAAAAUUGGCUAUAAGCCUAAGUUAAUAUUGAAACCCCUUGACGUUAAUAUUAUAAGCAAUUUGACAUUUAUGCAAAUUUUCAUUCAAAACAUUUUGAUACAAUAUUUUACCUUUUGUUGGGUUUACAUAUAAACAUGUCCUACUGCCCCAAGGGAAGCACAUCAAGAGAAUUUUGUGAAAAACAAACUGAGUAAAAAGGGAAAUGACCCCCUACUUUAAUUUUUUCAUAAAACUUUCUGCGCGAAAAUUCCCCAAAUAUGCUGCUAUACACACACACAUACAUAUAUGAAUGUAUAUUUUCCUUUAGUAUUUAAGUUUGUCCACAUUUCCUUUCCUAUACAUGUUUUUAUUUAUUGAUUUAUUUCUAAAGAAAACUAUUGGCAACUGCUACAUUCCUUUUAACACAUAAUCUGAUUUCCCACCAAAAAAAAGACCUCCUAUCCCUUCUAUAUGGUAUGAACAAGAAAAUCUCUUUUCAGCAAUAAAAACAAACCGCUAAUAUAAAA